CGAUCAUACGACACGACGCUUCACACCAGAGCUGACCGCACGGGGCUACGGACGGGAGAUGAUGACUGUAUGUCCUCAUCUAGUCAGGUGGCUCGCACUGUGCAUUACGCAGAAACACAUAUGAGCCGCACUCGCUUUGAGCUGCAUAUAUGCGCGCAUCCAUCCGCAGGAUCUCCUCGCUGCAGUCGACGAUGACCAGCCCACAGACUCUCCCGAUAUCUGCGCUGCCGCUGCCACCCUCAAGCCACAUCCUCACCCGCAACCUCACGCCGGACCCAGAGACGUCCUCGCCCUCGGAGUUCGCCAAGGUUCUGAGGGAGGGACCGAGCGUGCAGCGGCGGUCCCGCCUGCUCGCGGACAACGCGCACUUCUCGUAUGUCACACCUUGUCCGCUUCAGUUCCCGUUCCGCAUCGAGCCGCCCGAAGAUGGGGGUCCCGUGGAAGACAAGGUCGCGUAUGUCGAGCAGUGGUUGGCCCAGCGCGAGGCGUUGAACGAGCGGCCGUCCGCGUCGUCUGCGGCGCCGAGCGUGCUGAAGAAGUACUAUGCUGGGAGGAGGGACGAGCCGAGGGUGCUCGUCGCGUUGGCGGAGACUGCACUGAACGAUUGCUUGCCCCACCUCGACGUCGGAGACGCGUUCAGCACGCUGGGCACGCCGUCGCUAUCUGAUGCUUACGGUGAUGAUACCAAGCCGGAACCUGCGUCCGAGGGGGCGCUCGCAGUGCGCCAGGAACUCAUAGACGUCCUGGGCGGACAAGCCGUCCUCAUGAACCUGGACGGCGAACAGGAGACGCAGUGGGCGCCGUGGGCACUCAGAUACAGCGGGCACCAGUUCGGCACAUUCGCAGGCCAACUAGGUGACGGUCGUGCCAUAUCCAUCCUAUCCACCCCACACCCCUCCGACCCCGACACGACCUAUGAGCUGCAGCUCAAAGGCGCAGGGCGCACGCCCUUCUCGCGGUUCGCCGACGGGCUCGCCGUCCUGCGCUCCUCGAUCCGCGAGUUCCUCUGCUCCGAGGCGAUGCACGCGCUGGGCAUCCCGACGACGCGCGCGCUCGCGCUCGUGCAGCUCCCCGCGCUCCCUGUGCAGCGCGAGCGCCGCGAGACCGCGUGCGUCCUCACCCGCGCCGCGCCGUCGUUCGUGAGGAUCGGUUCGUUCGAAGCGCUGAAUCCGCCGACGGCGGGCAUCGGCGUGGCGCAGCAGGAGGCGGACUGGGAGGCACUGAGGGUCCUGGGGGAGUGGGUGGGAAAGAGGGUGUUGAAGCUCGAGGGGGUGCAGUGGGGAGGGGAGGGGGAGGGUAGUAAGUGGGGAGAGAAACUGGUGCUGGAGAGCGCGAGGAGGAACGGAAAGAUGGUGGCGGCCUGGCAGGCGUACGGGUUCAUGCACGGAGUGAUCAACACCGACAACGUGUCUGUCCUUGGACUGACCAUCGACUAUGGUCCCUAUGCCUUCAUGGAUGUAUUCGACGCAUGGCACAUAUGCAACCACGACGACGGCGAGGGUCGCUACGGGUACAAAUGGCAGCCCAACGCGGUUAUCUUCGCCCUCCGCGCCCUAGCAACCUCACUCGCUCCUCUGAUCGGCGCAGAGGCCGAGCUCGGCCACGCCGUCUCCGCCGGGUGGGCGAACGAAGACAAGAUCGACGACUGGCGCAAGACCGGCACCGAGCUCGUCAAAGACGAGAUGGAGCGCGUCGCGCAAGACGCCUGCGCGCAGGAGUACGGCCGGCUCAUACACAAGCGCCUCGGCCUCCGCCGGCACGACCCCUCCGACGAGGCGGAGCUCUGCCGGCCGCUGCUCGACCUCCUCGGCGAGCACAAGUUCGACUUCCACGGGACGUUCCGCGCGCUGGGCGCCUUCCGCCCGGGCGCGGACGAGCCCGCGCAGAACGUGUUCGUCGACCGCCUCCUCGCGCUCUGCGGCACGCCCCAUAACCUCGACAUGGCCAAGGCGGUGGACGACUGGCGCGCGUGGCUGCGGAAGUACGGGGCGCGGAUCGAGAGCGAGCGCGGGGAGUGGGGGGAGGUUGGGGAUGUGGAUGCGGAGAGGAUGCGCGAGAUGAGGGGCGCGAACCCGAGGUUUGUGUUGAGGCAGUGGGUGCUCGAGGAGGUUAUCAAGCACGUGGAGCGUGAUGUGGAUAGCGGGAAGAGGUUGCUGGCGAAGGUGCUUCAGAUGGCAUGCAACCCAUUCGAGCCAUGGGGCGGGGAAGACCACGAAGGCGACGAAGCAACAUUGGACCCUGAGCUCAAGGAAGAACGCCGGUUCUGCAGUCUCGGCGACAUGAACUACCUCGGAUACCAAUGCAGCUGCUCCAGCUGAGCACUGUCCACCACCAUCCAACGAUCACACGUUGUGCACCUGUAUCGCUAGCCACACAUGAAUAUUCAGAGCGUCCCGAUGUUUGGUCUGCAUUGCCCAUCCAUACAGUAUUAAUACAGUACUUCCGCCUCCG